AUGGCGUCUCACACUCCCUCCAACAAAACCCUAACCCUAGACUCAACCCAUCUCUUCCUCACCAUCCAAUCCUCCCCUUCUAAUUUCCUCACUUUUCCUCCUAUUCCAUCCACGUUCCCUCCCUCCAAACACAUCCCCAAAACCCGCUUCCUCAUCGACGCAUUCCGUCACGCCUCCGAUUUCUCCGUCUCUUACUUUCUCUCCCACUUUCACUCUGAUCACUACACCGGUCUUUCCCCUUCUUGGUCCAAAGGCAUCAUUUUUUGCUCUGAUAUUACUUCUAGACUUCUUAUUCAGGUACUUAAGGUUGAACCCAAGUUUGUAUUUGCAUUGCCUAUUCAAGAACGUGUCGUGAUUGAUGAUUGUGAGGUUGUGCUUGUUGAGGCCAAUCAUUGCCCUGGUGCUGUCCAGUUCUUGUUCAAGGUUCCUUGCAAGAAUGACCGUUUCGAGAGGUAUGUUCAUACGGGUGACUUUCGGUUUUGCAAAGCUAUGAUUUUAGAGCCUGUGAUGAGUGAAUUUGUGGGUUGUGAUGGGGUUUUCUUGGACACUACUUAUUGUAAUCCGAAAUUCGUGUUUCCUUCGCAAGAAGAGAGUGUUGAGUACAUAGUAAAUGUGAUUAAGAGAAUUGGAGGUGAAUGUAGUAAUGCUUUGGGGAAGAAUGUUCUGUUUCUUAUUGCUACUUAUGUGAUUGGUAAAGAAAAGAUUUUGCUUGAAGUUUCAAGAAAAUGUAAUAGGAAGAUAAUAGUGGAUGCAAGGAAAAUGGAGGUUUUGCGGGUUUUGGGGUAUGGGGAAAAUGGUGUUUUUACGCCGGAUGAGAGUGAGAGUGAUGUUCAUGUUGUUGGAUGGAAUGUGUUGGGGGAGACUUGGCCAUAUUUUCGGCCAAAUUUUGUGAGAAUGCAGGAGAUUAUGGUGGAAAGAGGAUAUGCUAAGGUUGUUGGUUUUGUGCCAACAGGGUGGACGUAUGAAGUAAAGCGGAAUAAAUUUGCAGUGAGGUCUAAGGAUUCCUUUGAGAUACAUCUUGUGCCAUAUAGUGAGCAUUCAAAUUAUGAUGAACUUAGGGAGUAUGUAAAGUUUUUGAAACCGAAGCGGGUUAUACCUACUGUCGGCAUGGAUAUUGAGAAGCUUGACAGCAAGCAUGCUAAUAAGAUGAGAAAGUAUUUUGCUGGAUUGGUUGAUGAAACGGCUAACAAGAAAGAAUUUUUAAUGGGUUUCCAGCGUGGGGCCCAUGAAAUUGAUCACAAAGAUGAAGUAGGUGGUGGCCCAGAUGAAUGA